AUGACUGCUGACAUCAUCUUUCGACGAGUUAUCGAAUCCAAAACAUCUUGAUGCUUUUUGGUUGAUCUUUUGCAAUGUUUACGCUGUGGAAUUUAAUUGAAGCCUCCCUCCUGUGUCUCAAUGCCGUCUGUAUCCUCCACGAAGACAGAUUCCUGGCCAAAAUCGGAUGGGGCGCCAAUGCGAAUGUUCAGGGAUUUGGUGAGCCUCCUACGGUCAAAACACAGAUUCUCAAUCUCAUCCGGUCAAUCAGGACAGUCGUCAAGUAUCCACUAAUAUUUCUCAACAUUAUAGCGAUAGUUUUCAAAUUACUCCUUGGAUGAAUGCAUGGGAAUGGGAGAAAUGUAUUUAAUGUAUUAAACUUUUAAAUAAAUACAACUUUUUGGCUAUUU